UAAAAGGAAAAAAAGUGAUUCUAAAGGGUGUUUCGCGAGAUAAAUACGACACUGUUGAGAAGGAAACGCAUGCGCCAGGACGACCCGUACGACGGACAGUGCUCGGAGGAUGGCGGUGAGCCAGGGGCGGCAGUGCGGGUUUAGGGGGCGGCGAGGGCGGGUGCCUCCGUUGAAACAACCCCUUGACAACAGGCCCGCGAUCAGUCUCGCCCUCGACGUGUCACCACUGAACGUUCCUUGAAAGGGGAUCGAUCGAUCGCGAACGUUCAGGAUCAUUACACGUAUCUUCGAAUCUCUUACUCGUUCGCGUGCCGUCGGUGCUUCGUGGUGCUUCGCCUGCUUUAGUGUGGCACCUCCGUAGACCGUCCCCGCUCAUUCAGUAUGGAGUGCCCGAAAGUAGUGAAACGAGGUCGUAAUUUUCGUCUGCUUACGGAGGAAGAGCAGCCGGAGCUUCUCGACUUCCUUGGAAAACACUUGCCCCUCUCGUUGAAGUUCCAUCAGACACUGUUGACCUACAUGAAGGACAAAGUAUGGGAAUUCUAUUUUUAUGUGCCAAACGAAUGGCCGAACGUACAAAUAUGUCUGCACUUCCCAGGAAUGACACUUUCUCCUCAUGGUUUGGUCUAUGAAAGCGUAGGGGUUUUCUGUCCUAACGAUCAACUGGAACAACUUUAUCUAUUGCGUGACGAGGAUGUACUGAUCGACUGGUCAAGGCCUCUUUACAUUAAUUUCGUUCACAUAAACAUCGCUAAUAAAUUGGUAGAAUUCUAUAAGAAUACCGGUAACGUCGACAUGGUGAUCGUCGAUGUUUGGGCUUGCGAAGAUCCACUCCUUUUGGAUCAAAACGAGGAAUCGGAAGAGGAGAGUGAUCCGGACGUUCAAGUAUUACCAUUGAAGGCCGAACAUGCUGAAGGAAUUUACGAGCUAUAUCCCGCUAAUGACAUAGAAAGUCAUGAGGUCUUUUUACGAUUGAUCAAGACCUUACCUGCCGGGGGUGUAUUCUGCAAGGAGAGUUUAGCCGCUUGGAUGGUGCAGUCGUAUUACGGUGCUAUGUUUUCGAUGCAAACCAAGCCCGAGUAUCGUAGGAAAGGUUACGGGACAAAAUUAGCAAGGUACCUGACGAAGCGCGUAGCCGAAAGGGGUUACAAUCCGUUCGUAGUUAUACGUCCGGAAAACGAGGCCAGCCAGAGCUUGUACAAGAAAUUAGGUUUUAGGAAGCUAUUUCAAACAGUUCGUAUGAUAUUCACGCCGUUGUCGUGGCAAGAGACGGAAAACGAAGCUAGCAAUAUACUCAGGGAGAAUCUGGAAAAUGCGGUUAGACAACUGAACGUUGAACAAAGGGUUAUAGCAGCCCUUCGUGGCGAUGAGGAUAACAGUGUUGCGUCAACCGAAGUACAAGAGGCCGAGGGUGAAGAAACGAUACGAGAAGGUGGUUCGGACUCUAACGAGGAAGCUGAAGUCGUUGUAGAGGAACCGGAAGAUGAGAGUUAUGCUCGGGACGAGGAAAUUCUUGAACCUAUCGAAGAACAAGAGGAAAGGAUAGAGGUUACUGAAGAGAAAGAAGGUGAAAAUGAAAAACAAAAAGAUGUCGUCGUUGUCGAGGACACCGAAGGAGCGUCGAACGUUGACGAUAGCAACGAAGGUGAUGGUGGAACGGAUGUCGCGAACAACGACGAUUAGAUCUGUUGUUUACGAUUGAAAAGGAAAUAACAAAACAAAACAAAAAAUAAGAAAGAAAAACGAAACAGAAAAAAAAUUAACAGUCCACGCCUCUUGUCGUUCUUAUUUACUCGAAGAUCAUUCCGUUUUGUGGUUAAGACGGCACGCGGGAUAAACGCGGAUAAAAUAUAAUGUGUUCGUUUAUUAAUUUAAGAGAUAUCUUUGUUCUUUUUUUUCUUUUGUUUCGUUUCGUUUCGUUUUCCUUUUUCUUUGUAAAUUUUUCGUCAGAUAGCUAUUGAAAACCUAUUUAUAUAUUUCGAGAUUAUUCAUUGUAAUAUUUAUUUAUUUUUAAUUAGGUAGGAACGAACACGUUAUUUAAGUCUUUUUAACAUGCCAAUGACGUCCUCUUCGAGUAAUUGGUACGACGAGACAAAGAAAAAAAUAAAGAGAUAUUUUAUGAAAUUUCCGCGUUUCCGCACCGAGCUCGCGCGAGGUUUCAAAAUGCGUGCGUACUUGCGUAUAUAUGUACGUCAUAUACGACGAUUUUUCAUAUCAAAUUCUUACGAGAAAAGUCUUAGAAGAUAAAAUAAAAAUCUGUGUAAAGGUAUCGACGAUUGUAAAACCUGUUCUUAGUUUUUUUAACAUCUUUAUAUAAUAACAUCGACGAAGUAAUACACAGUGAUAUAGAAAAAUUUACAGUAUCGUAAUAUCGCAUCGUUGAACGAGGAAUACGAAUUAAGAUCAGAACAUGUGUAUAUAUAUAUAUUAAUGUAAUAUGUAUAUGUAUAUGUAUAUGUAUAUAUAUUACAUAGUUUUAUUUUAUAGUUGACGCAAAAAAGAAAAGAACCACACAUGUGGUAAUCUUCGAAAACUCGCACGGGUAUUGAUCUGUGAUUAUAAUUUUUUUUAUUUCACAUUUCAUUAUUUUGCGUUCUUAUUUUUCUUAUAUAAAAUAGAGAUAAAUGUUAGUAAAAAAAGAACCUCGCGCGAUCACGAUACGCUUCCCUUUAACAUUACGAAAUAGAUUCGAUUCGCUGUGUCGGUGCAACCGAUAUUAGAAAUUAUAAAUAAAACCAAAAAAAGAAAAAAGAAAAAAAAGACAAAAAAGAAAGAAAGAAAGAUUAAAAAAAAAAAAAAAUUAAAAAAAAAAAAGAAUAAAGUAAAUAGAUAACUAAUUAUAGAACGAUCGCUUUUGCACGGCAUUGGCGCGAGCGCGAGCGAUUUGAGUUCCCCAAUCGACCGAACAGAGAGAUAAUUAUAUAAAAUUAUAUAUGUAUAUAUAUUAUAUAUAUGUAUGUCUAUGUAUGUAUAUAUAUAUAUAUAUAUAUAUAUAUAUAUAUAUAUAAUUUUAUAUCGGCUGAUACGACUCUUUUGUAGCAUAGGAAGAAUUUUCGCACACAUAUGUAACGUACUAAAGACGAGCUCGAGAACGUAUCGACGUUGUAACUUACAUUAAUUAUUCUUUUGUCAAAUCAUGACAAUGACAUUUAAGUCUCCAUUGAACGAUACUCGAGUAUCGAGAUUAGCUCGGUGCACCCUCGCAGCGAAGUAAAUAGCGAGCGACGACUAAUGAUAAUAAUAUUAAUUUGCGGCGACCAUAGGAUUAAUAUUAUUAUUGAUAGAGCAUAUUAUAAAUAUAUAUUUAUAUAUAUAUACAUACAUAUAUAUAUACAUAUAUAUAUAUAUAUAUAAAUACCGCGCAAACGGAGUCUUGGACGCCUCGGCUCUAUCCUUCGAGUUCCUUAUGACCAUAGAUAGCUGCAACUUGUAUAAUUUUGUCUACAAGAUACAAUACAGUAUAGUCAUUUAUCGAGUAUAGUGGACGGAAUUGUAAAGGAAAAAAAAAGAAAAAAAAAAGAAAAAAAAAAGGGGGGAAAAAAAGAAAAAAGAAAAUAGAAGAAAGAAAAUUGAUGAGAAAUCAGGAGGGAACGGAGGGAGCCGAGGGGACUGUCUAAAAGACUCCUUCAAGGUCCCCCUUGAAAAUCCCUCCUUUAUUUUUGAUUUUCGAUGUCUCCGUAAGGGGGGGCCAGCUGUGAUACUUUACCCAAUUCCACUUCCGUUCUGGUCGUGGUACCGAAGAACUUUAUCUAGACAAAGAAAUCGCUCAUUGUGUUAGCGAACGAAAUGCCACGUAAAUUCCAUUCGUAUCGACGAUAAUGUAUGUCGCGACAUAUGCUUAUAUAUAAUAUAUACAUAUACAUAUAUAUAUAUAUAUAUGUAUUUAUAUAUAUAUAUGUAUGGAGAAAAUUAAUGAAUUAAGAGAAAAACACGGUGUCAAGAUUUUUUUUCGAGAUGGAAUUCGCGAGCACGUUCGAGAAAGAAGGAAUUGAUAAUUACGAGAGACUUUGAUUAUCGUCGUUAUAAGAUCGUGUCAAUUACAAUCGAGAAAAAAACGUGAUUUAUUCUUCCUUCUUCUUUCUCUGUUUUUCUCUCUUUUCAUUUCUGUUUUCUUUUUUUUCUUUUUUUUUUUUUUUUUGUACUUUUUCUCUUCGCUCUUGCACACAAUUCCGUCUUUACGACGGAUUUACAUAUACGUAUACUUUAUGCACAUGUUACUAAAUAUCUUGGAAUAUGGUGAUAUAUGAAAUAAGAAAGAAAGAAAGAAAGAAAGGAAAAAAAGAGGAAAAAGAAACUUAAAAUAGAAAAACGAGUUUCUCGUAAUUAUCACGUAGUAUCUGUCUCGGUUGUAUCUACGGUUGGAUUCUACGAAUCUUUGUCUAACUCGCUUAAAGCUUUUAUCCGAGAUAUUUCCAAAGACACUUAAUUGAUUAUAUUUACGCACAAAAUGCGUUUACAAUUUGACACGUUCGGCGCAUUGGUUUAUCGCGCGGAAACUUUCCAAUUUUCAAUUUUCCAAAUCUAUCUGCGGAAUCAUUUGAAAUAUCUGUAACAACAGCAAACAAUAACAACAACAACAACAACAACAACAACAACAACAACAGUAACAGCAACAAUAACAACAAUCUACGUGAUGAACUCGUUAUUAUUGCGAGAAAACGGAUAUUGUAUUCGUUCGAAAGCGUAUUUUGUGGAUUAUGCGAAUGCGACAACGAAUUAAUUAAUUACUACGAUUAACUUUCUCGUCUCAGCCUUCACUUUAAAUCCGCUAGCCUUAGCCUAAUCGGUGUCUCUGGUAAAUCAGGCCUACGAAGGUCGGAAAGCGGCAUCCACGUUAUAUUUUCUUCAACACUUACCUGUUCUACACACAUACAUACACAACACACACAUAUACAGACAGAGAUACGUACAUACACACAUACAUACAUACGUACAAAAUACAGACAGAUAAUGCAUACACACGUACAAGUAUACAGAUUUGCACACUUGCACAAUGCGAUUACAUUCAAAGAGAAAGAAAACAAAAAAAGAACAAAAAGUAAAAGAACAAAAAAAAGAAAAAGAAACAAGACAUUUACUCUAUCUCUAUUUCUAUCUUCUCUCCACUAUCUUCACAGAACAGCUCUACCCUUUGUCGCAAUAGGAUUCUUCUGUCUGGAAUGAUGCGAGGUAUCUUUUAGGUAACAUGAUUUGUACGCAUACAAUUAACCUAACCCACUGCGUCCGGAAAUAAUAAUAAUAAUUAUAAUUAUAAUAAUUAAUAAUUAACAAUAAUAUUAAUAAUAAUUAAAAAGAAAAAAAAACACA